AUGCUGGCUCCGGCGCUUUCCGCGCUUUCCCCAUUCCGGGGUCGCGGAGAUCGCAUCCCCCACCUCCGACCUUUGCAUCUCGAGGUUUGCACCUCCGUCAACUUUGUCUUAUUGAAAGACGGCAUCAUUCAUUGGGGCACCGAAUGCCGUUUGGCCUCGGCCAACUACGCUGGGCGCCUCGAUGCAACAUCAAUGUUCAGCUCCUUCGGAGAGGACAAACAGCAGCCAUCAGUGGCAGGCAAUCCUAAGUAUGGUACCUGCGAUUCUAAUCCUAAUUCCCGUUCUCUACAUUUCCUAAUUCUUGUCAUACACCAUCAUGCGUCGAACCGAACGCCUUUCCCUAACCAUCAUUCCUAUUCUUACCUCUCUACUCUCUCACUUCUGCCCCUGUCCUCAACUCAAUUAAAUCUAACUUCAACGCUACUGACCCCCAAGAUGACGCUGGUUCUACAUCUAUCGGCUCGUCAUUUGGAUACUGGACCUGGCAUUCUGGCUACCAACAGAAAGGAGACGCUUAAUAAACCCUUUGGUUGCAACUUGCUCUUCCAUGCGUUCGACAAUUGUUCCUCUUUGCCAGUCGAGUGCAGCAACAUUUAUUAUGAAGCCGGCAUGUUCCGUAAGUGGCAUGGGCCUUCAUCACCUUACCCACGACUGACGUUUUUCUGGCUCUCACUCGUGGCUCCCAAAAAAAAAAUAUUGAAAAUGGAGUCUACAAUGGCAGAAAAGAAAAUCGAAGAGGCGCUCAAUCAGCCCUCAUAUGAAUUUGAUCCUUACAAUCGGCUUGUGAAGAAUGCGCACAUGCUAAUUGUAGUCACUUGGAGGGGUUAUCAUGUGUCGGGAACAAUGACAUUGCGAACGGCACCAAAAAACCCGCUCUCCAAAAUGCUUGGCACCAACCCUUCUGAAAUAAUCCUCACCUAA